AUGGGUCGAACCAAGCAGACUCCUACCCACAACCCAAAUGCCCAGCGACCUGACGCUCCCCAGACCAGCUUCCACCCCGGUCCCGGUAGUUUGAUGCUCGCUGCAUACUCAGACAACCCAGAUCUUCCCUCCAGAAUCGCCACCGCCUAUCCACACGUCACCGAGGAUCCAGACGCCGCCUACAACGCUCUGCAACUCCAGCGUUCGUGGCAGCAGAGCUGGUUCACGAACCUGUUUGACUCCGAGUUGCGCAGAGAGAUCUACAAGUAUGUUUUCGAAGGUGGUUUUGAAUACGUCCAACUCGUUGGCGAUGGGAAAUUCUUGUGCAUCGACGACGACAAGAUUUCCGGUAUCUUGCAAGCUUGCAAGAAGACCCGUCAUGAAGCCAUGCCCUUGUACCACGGCCUCGUUACCAUCGACAUUGGCUACGGCCAGCUACCCUGGGGCUGGUUUUUGCACAGUGAGAAGAUCAACUACUCCAUGAUCAAGCACGUAAGCUUCCAGGCUUGGUCUGUCGUCAACCCAGCUUUUCAUGUUGUGCGGAUCGUGGCUAUCUUCCAACAACUCAAGACACUCACGAUCGAAGCCCCGCCCAACGGUUUCCACAUGACUAUCACAGGACCAUCCCUCCUAGACCUGCCCAAAGACCGUCGAACUCCCGGUUUCAACGGCCUCGUCAACGCCAAUUUCUUCAAAGACGAGCUAGCGGCGAAGGAUUUCUUGUCCGGUGUUUCAGCUGCCAGACUUCGCGACUUUCAACAAGCUAUGCAUAUCCUCCAUCCAGCCCAAGUCCGUGUGUUGCUCGCUGUCAACUUCAAUCUCUACAGCGACUUGUGGGUGACGUGGCCUGCUCUAAAGGGAGAGAGUCUGGAGGGGCUUAUCGCACCGGUUGAGGACGAUGAGAUGCCAUACAUGUGCGGUAUCGCCGUCAUCGAUACCGUGGCGAACAAGGUCGAGCUGGUCUUCGGUCAGCACUCCGUAGAAGUCGAUCUGGACUGA